CGAGAGCGCGUGGAGGUUUUAAAGGAAGGCGGAAGUGAGCGAAGUUGUUUUGGAGGAAACUCUUAUAGAAGACGUGGAGGGAGAGGAGACAAGAGGAGACAAAUCAUUUCUCUGUCUACACCCAAAGUGUGUGUAAACAAGUCUCAGUGUGUGUGAGCUUCUCUGCCCAGAGCCUGAGCAUCAGACCUGCAUGGAGGGAGACGAAGAGAGAGACACAAUGUUGACACACACUGCAGACAGUCAGGAUUUUGCAGAGCUCUGGUUGCAGAACCUCAUGGGUCCCGAUGAAAACUCAUGGGGAAAUGAGAAUAUCUCUGAGUUGCUGCAGGAUGUAUCCUGUGAUGGUCUGCUCAGUGACAUGUUACAGCCACAGUCCUCAUCGUCUCCUCCAACUUCCACCGUCCCAGUCACUUCUGACUACCCCGGACUCCACAACUUCACCCUGCACUUCCAAGAGUCUAGUACUGCCAAGUCUGUCACCUGUACGUAUUCUCCAGAGCUGAAUAAAAUGUUUUGUCAGUUGGCGAAGACGUGUCCUGUGUUAAUGGCGGUAAGUUCCAGUCCGCCACUGGGUUCGCUGCUCAGAGCCACCGCUGUGUACAAGAGAUCAGAACACGUGGCUGAGGUAGUGCGCCGCUGCCCUCACCAUGAGAGGAGUAAUGACAGCAAUGAGGGUGUAGCUCCUUCUGCUCACCUGCUGCGUGUAGAAGGGAAUUCUCGGGCGGUAUAUCACGAGGAUGAGAACACGCAGCGCCACAGUGUGGUGGUGCCCUACGAACCCCCCCAGGUGGGAUCAGAAUGUAUAACUGUGCUGUAUAACUACAUGUGUAACAGCAGCUGUAUGGGGGGAAUGAACCGCCGCCCCAUCCUCACCAUCAUCACCCUGGAAACACAGGAUGGUCAGUUGUUGGGUCGGCGCACAUUUGAAGUUCGUGUGUGUGCGUGUCCCGGGCGAGACCGAAAAACAGAGGAGAACAACUUUAGGAAACAGCAGGAGCCCAAAACCUCCAGCAAAACCACCAAGCGCAGCAUGAAGGAUUUUCUUUCUCACUCUGAAGACAAUAAAAAAUCCAAGAACAGCAGCAGUGACGAUGAGAUUUACACACUGCAGGUGCGUGGGAGAGAGCGCUAUGAAUUUCUGAAGAAGAUUAAUGAUGGUCUGGAGCUCAGUGACCUGGUGCCACCUGCUGACCAGGAGCAGUAUCGCCAGAAACUUUUGUCUAAAAGAUGGAGGAAGGAGAAAGAUGGAGCUCCAGCAGAACCCAAACGUGGGAAGAAACGACUGGUGAAGGAGGAGAAGAGUGACUCAGACUGAGGGGGGUUUCAGGACGGGGGCUCCAUUUAACUCAUUUUUCCGAGUUAAACCAUUAUCUCUGUGUGUGCGUGAGAAGGUGUGUGUGUGUGUGUGUGUGUGUGUGUGUGUGUGUGUGUGUGUGUUGUUUUCAGUAGAGACAAGGCCACAGUGCAGGGUGUUUUGGGAUUGAAACACUGCCCCCUGUAGCUGAGUGUUUGUUAUUGCAGUGUGUGAAUGGUCUCUGUAUCUGGACUCGGCUGUAAAUGUGCUUCUCUACCAGAUUCUGUUUUUCUGCAGUCUUUUGUAUCAUGUGACUUUGUUUCAGUAAGAUCCCCCUGAACCCUGUGGGUGUGAGGUCCUCUGUUCCCCUCAACAUUGUGCAGGUGAAACUCACACUGUGUCUGAUUGGUGGAGUCCUAAUUAGAGUGAAUGCGUCUGAUUGGUCAGUUCUCUGUUAGGUUGUUUAUAAACACUUGAACUGUUCAUUGUAACGGUGCAGGAAAUCGAUUCAGACUCAGGAAAUUUACAGUUAAAACAUUUCUAUGGUUUCUGUGUGAUCUUCUUAAUCGCCUUUGUGUUUUAUCUUUUUAUACCAAAGUUGUUUCUCAUUUAUAUCAUGUUUUAUACACGUGUGUAGCAGAAGUUCAGUUCUUUACAACAAUCAAUAAAACUUCAAUUUUCUAAA